UCUUAUAAUAUAUUGCAAUUAAAGAUAGUUUUAAUUAGUAAUUUACACAACAGAAGAAACAAAUUCAGUCAAUUAAGAUAUUCGAUAAUGAACUAGUUAGAAUUGUUUUUAGAUUUAAAAUAUGUUUUUCUGCUUGUUUCCAAUCCCGUUAAUGAUCUUUGUUCAUUAAAUAAAAAUGCGUAUGUGCCACGGAUCGAACAAUUCUGAUUCUCGGUUGGAUGCAUCUCGAGGAAAUACUCCUCCGUUUCCUGAAUGCAGUUCUUCGAUCGCUUGUGCGCGGUAUCGUAUUAAGUACCAACACCUCGGGCAUAAUGGCGUGCAAGACAAACUCUCGUCGAUCGAUUACUCGGUACAGUAGAAAUUCUUACGCAUGUCUCGCAUGAUAACAAGCGCAGACACAGUGAUGUCGAUUGUUUGGUGAAAAGCAGAAAAGUGAAAAGAGAAGAAAUACGAAAACGCAUCUACCAGGAUCCCUGCACGUUGGGCGGAGUUUCUCAGAACAUUUUAUGGAGACGAUUCGCCUCGCUAAUUUCAGCUGCAUGUAUAUAAACGUUAGAUUUGUUGCGAUCGUGAGCAGAGAUUGUCCGUUUCUCAAAGCUUCCAAACGGUUAAAUAUCUUUGCUUUGGCAAAGCGCUUUUCUCGUACUUUUCAGUAUGCUAUUGCUUUAUUGGCGCUGUUCUCGCUGCUACAACAACCAAUCGAAUCGAAGAAGGUGAUUAUCCAUGUUCCUUAUCGAGUGAAGAACGUGAAGCACGUACACACGAUUUACAAAAUCAUUCCUCAUUAUCGCGAAGACAAGAAGGAAGAUUUGGAGGAGGACGAUAAAUAUGAAAUUUAUUAGAAAUAAUUUUAAUUAUAAGUAACAUAACAUAGUACAUAAUAUAAAAUUCAACCCAACGAAUAUAGUUAAUAGAAUUCAAAAGUAUUCAAAUAUAUAUAAUAGCUGGUAGAUCUGAAAAGAUGUUUUAGCAAUAUUUUUUUUGUAUUAACGAGUUUAUUUAAAGAACAAAUGUAUCUAUUUUCUGUAAAAU